CUACAAUGAAUGUGAAUGAACUUAUAACAAAUAAUAAUAUCUUCACUAAUACACCAAAUAAUCUGGAUGAAUCAUCAAAUGCAUCUAAUUCUGAUUUUAGUUUACCAAGCUAUCAAAGUAAUGAAUUAUUAAGCUCACCUUCUAUUAGACCAAAUCGGACAUAUUCAACUAAAUCAAAAUCACGAAACAAAAAAGAG